AUGGCGAAGCAUCAUCCAGAUUUGAUAUUUUGCAGGAAACAAGCCGGAGUGGCGAUCGGAAGAUUGUGCGAGAAAUGUGAUGGAAAGUGUGUAAUAUGUGACUCCUACGUACGCCCCUGUACACUAGUGCGCAUAUGUGAUGAGUGUAACUAUGGAUCUUACCAAGGACGAUGUGUGAUUUGCGGUGGCCCCGGCGUGUCAGAUGCUUACUACUGCAAGGAGUGCACCAUUCAAGAGAAAGAUAGGGAUGGUUGUCCUAAAAUUGUGAAUUUGGGCAGUUCGAAAACAGAUCUUUUCUAUGAAAGAAAAAAGUAUGGAUUUAAGAAGAGGUAG